AACUUGAAGCGACCGGCCGUGACCUCCAGUGUCCACCUCACCUUCCAACGCUCAUUCAACUCAUAUGCCUGUAGAGCCAGCCUCGGAACACCCUAUGGGCCAUUCGUCUAAGUAUGACGAGGUUCCCCAAGAACUGCACAGAGCCAUGCUGCGGCUCAACUUCCCGUCAUCAUAUGUGGUUGUCGGUGCGUACCGGCUUUUCACCGACAAGUCUCUCUAUGUCCCUGCGUGGAAUAAAUGCCGCAACGGCGCCCGACGAGGGCUAAUAUGUGGUUUUGCUUGGAUAUGCGCGUCGUACAACAUCCAACGCCGCAUCAUCAAAGCAAUCCUCACAAAUCCUUCCUCCAUUUUCUCCGUGCGCUACAUAACACGAUUCACAGAAACCGCAGACGACCUAUCUCACGAGACGCUCCUAGGGUUCAAGUUGCCCUUAAGUAUAUCCACAUACGUCGCGAUACUCUUGGUAGGAUCGCAAGUCACCGCAAUCAUCAGCUUUUUCGUCGCUCGCAAUAUUCGCGUCGCUCGCCAACGCGUCUGGGACCAAACAGUUGCCUCGCGCGGCAAGGGGCCCGACUUCUGGCAGCCAUAUGUUGAAGAAUGGGAUUCCCCACCCGUUGUCAAUGAACGCCAGGGUCGUGUGGACAGGAUGUUGAAGAUGUGGUUCUGGAAGAUGAUCAUACAGAAAGUCAUCUUACUCCCCCUUUCACUGUAUCCAUUUGUCGGCACAUUCAUCGCUGCGGGUUUUAAAGGCAUGGGCACCGCUCAGGACUUGCACAAGCCGUAUUUCGCCACAAAGAAGAUGACGGCCUAUCAGGAAGCUGUAUUUGUUGAGGAGCGUAAAUGGGACUACCGAAUGUUCGGUUUUGUCGCGGCGCUACUCGAGGGACUACCAAUCAUCGGUCUUGUUUUCACAGUAUCAAAUCGCAUUGGAGCUGCAAUGUGGGCUCAUGAUUUGGAAAAGCGUCAGCACUACGUUGCAGCGCAACGUCGCACGUCAGUCAUAGGCUCUUAGCAAAAAUUUUGAACCUGUCCAAACGUAGAUUUUCUUGGCUGUUGGCAUAUCAUCUUGUAACAUGUACACUACGUGACACCUUAAAUUCACGCUAGGGACACUUGUCAUUAUAAAGAUAUGGACUUGAGCUCACUGUAUCAUAUCACAUCCACAACAAUGAUAAAACAUUCUUCAUGG